AUGCAACAGACUGUUUACUUCCACACCUCCUUGAACCACACUGGCAUUGCUGCUGUCGUGGAAGUGGUUGUGACAGCUGGGAAUGGGGAUGGGAGCUCUCAGCACCUCUCCUGUGGCUUUGGGCUCAUCCCCCUCUUUGCCAGCGGAUCAGAGGCGACAGACCCAGCUGCCGAGGACAGAACACUGAAGUUGUACCAUGGGACACCCCGUGCCCUGCUGCACCCACGCUUCCAGGACCCCAUGGAAAAGAACAAAUACCUGACGGUGAUGGAGAAGAGCCACCUGCAGUACUCCCUAAAGCCUCACCAGCCCUUGGAGAUGAUAUUUCACCUCCUUCCUGAAAACCUCCUGGUGUCUGGGCAGCAGAACAUUCCCGGCGUGCUGCCGGCGUGCGGAGAUGCAAGUGACUGCUUGCAGAAACCUCGGCUGCUGCAGCCAGUCACCUGCUAUCUGGAGAGGCUGUCCAUCCGGCUGCACCCUUCCCUGGAGGAAUUUGAGGAAGAGCUGCUGGACCUACUGAACAGCGAUCGCUUACUUAAGGCCAACGCGGCGCCGGACGGUGCCGGGGUGGUGGUUCGGGAGCGGCGGCUGCACGUUGGUGUCCACAACGGGCUGUGCUUUGUCCAGGCACCCCAGGUAGCUGUGCUGGUGCCUGAGGCAGAGGUGGCCCGGGGCAGCUGCCCAGGGGGGCUGGCUCCCGCAGCCAGGGAUGCGGGUCAGGCCCUGGUUCUGCGGAGCCGCAUCCACCUGAGCGAGAUGGUUCCUCACCCGGCCUUUGGGGUCUGCUUCCAGCUGGAGUAUGUCUUCUGCAGCAUGGGGAGAGCUGGUGGGAAGGCCCUGCCCAGUGGUGCCUGCAGUGAAGCCACCGAGAUGUGCUCAGUGCGCUGGGCUGUCUGGAGCCCUGCCCUGGGCACUGGUGAGAAGGAGGAGGAGGUGGUCCUGCCCCUGCGUGGGGGUCCCCACCGUGGUCCCUGCCAAGCUCUGGUCUACCGGACCCCCCCAAGUGGCAGGAGCUCCUGCCAGGGAAAGCACGUGGAGUCUGGGACUGUCCAAUUCCAUGUUUCUACUGAUUCGGAAGAACAUCUUGUAACUGCUGCGAAGAUCCCAGAUAAAGGCAGGGACGCGUUGGAGCCUCCCACGCUGUCGCUGAGUCCACAGGCGCCGCGAGUGCCGGCAUCCCCGCAGGGACCAGGGCUGUCAGUGUCCCAGCUCUCGGCCAUGCCACGGGGCAAGGACCAGCCCCUGGAGGGGGGGAUCACUCACCUGGAAGCCGACCUUGGGUGGGCAGACCCUGAGGCCUGUGCUGAGGAGCCUCUGCGGGCGCUGCCCUUCGCCCCGCUGCAGGUGCCCGUUGCUGCGCUGGGGAUCCAGGCAGACAGUUCCCACACGCUGCUCUCCCGGGCCGCGCUGGCGCGCCUGCACACCGCUGGCUUCCCGGAGAUCCUGGACCGUCACCAGGAGCCAGUGGGAAUCUCGGAGCCUGUGGACCUGGCAACUUUCAGCCCACAGCUGGAGGAAGCUGACCCUCUGCAAGGCAAUGAAAUAAUCCUGCAGUUCCUGGCUUUUGGCAGGGAUGCCCGGGGCCAUGCAGAGGGGACGUGGCCAAGGACCAUUUUCCUCACCUUCCAGUUCUACCGCUUCCCACCAGUUACCACACCGCGGCUGCAGCUGGUCAGCACGGAGCGGGGGCUGGCGGCUGGGCCAGCUCUGCAAGCACAGCUCCUUGUCCGGGUGAACAAGGAUGGGACCCUUGGCAGACCGCCGGGCUUGCAGCUGAAGUACAUGGUGGAUCCUGCGUUCCUGCGAGCCGGGGAGCAGCGCUGGUUCGUGCGGUACCUGGCUGAGCACAGCCUCCAGAUUGACAUCUGGGAUGGAGACUCUCUGCUCCUGGUUGGGUCUGCUGCUGUGAGGCUUCAGCCCCUGCUGCGCCAGGGUCGGGAGGCCAUCAGGACCCACCAUGAGCUGGAAGUGGCCACAACUGAGUAUGAGCCAGACGUGACAGUGAUGGGCCAGGAGGCCCUGAGGCACGGAGCCCUGCGGCCCCUCGGGGUCCGUGUGGCCCUGCGGGGCCGCCUCCACCUCUGCAUGGCCAACGUUGGCCACCUGUGUGAGGAGCCCCCGGGGCAGCUGCCCUCCCCGCUGCCAUCCCGCUCCCGCAUUGUGCCCGCACCAGACGGUGCCUGCGUUAUCCCGGCUGGCAGCUGGUUAUCCCGGGACACUGCUUGUGGGCAAGUGUCACAGGCACGGAGGCUGGUGGAGGUGGACAGCGAGCUGGCGGCUGCGCUGCGCGCCCCCCGCCCGGGGCCCAGGCCGGGCUGGCAGGAGCAGCGUGCCCUGCGGAUGCGUGACUUGCAGAUCAUCGAUGCCUACCGGGAGCACACCAAGGGCGAGAGCAUCUCCCGCGUGCUCAGCCAGGCCAUCACGGCCACCCGCACUGUGCACGCCGUGCUGGGCACCGCGGAGUUCUUUGAGUUCACCCUGAAGAACCCCUAUGGUGUUCAGCACACUGUCACCAUCGAGGUUGACCACCCUGAGCUCAGUGUCAUCCUGGACCCAAGGGAGUGGCGUCACUUCAAGGAGCUGACCAAGAGUGUUACACCAGUGGAGGAGGAGAUGUUCCACCUCCGUGAUGACCUCCGCCCUCAGGUCUACCUGCGCCCCAAUGAGACUGUCCGCAUCCCCUUCAAAUACCAGACCUUCUCUGCAGACCCUGCCAUUGUAGCUGCACAGGGGCCAGCUGGGCUGGACACCAGUGCUGACACAGGCGCCCACUCCCUGGGGCAGAGCGGGGCUGCGCGGAUGAAGCACAUCCAGGUCUCCUUCCAGGUGAGUGGGGGGAAGCCCAUCGCGCUGCUGCUGGUGAAGGUGGAGCCGCAGCCCCACGUGGUGGACCAGACCUUCCGCUUCUACCACCCAGAGCUCACCUUCCUCAAGAAAACCAUUCGGCUGCCCCCCUGGCACACCCUCCCUGGCACUCCAGUGGGGAUGCCCGGGGGGCAGCCUGAGAUGUUUGUUCGCUGCAGUGACCCCAACAUCAUUUGUGAGACCAAAAGUAUGGGGCCUGGGGAGCCACAGGACAUCUUCUUAAAAGUAGCUGGAGGACCAAGCCCACAGAUCAAGAAGUUUUUUGUUGCUAUUUAUACGGACUCCUGGCUGGCAGUGCCCGUCCAGAUCUGGCAGUUCUACCUGCACUCCCUGCAGCGCCUGGACGUCAGCUGCACGGCCGGGCAGCUCUCCCGCCUCUCCCUGCUGCUGCGGGGCACCCCGGCCCCGCGCAGGGUCCGCGCCUUCACCUCCCACCCCCACGAGCUGCAGGUGGAUCCGGAUGGCACAUUCCUUCUUCCGGCCAAUGGCAUCCAGGAGCUGUUUGUUGGGGUGAGGCCUCGGCGGGCAGGCAGCCGGUUCAUCUACCUCAACCUGGUGGACGUGGAGUCCCACCAGCUGCUGUCCUCCUGGCUGCUCUGCCUGGCUUGUCGGCAGCCCCUCAUCUCCAAGGCGUUUGAGAUCUCCCUCCCCGCGGGCGGCGGCCGCGGCUGCAACAAGCGCAUCACCUACACCAACCCCUACCCCGCGCCGCGCCUCUACUUCCUGAGCACCAACCGGCCCGACCUCCUGCAGUUCAAGGAGGACUCCUUUGAGGUGGCUGGGGGGCAGGUGUACACCAUCGGCCUGCGCUUCGCCCCCAGCCAGGAGCUGGGCGAGGAGGAAAUACUGAUCCACAUCAACGACCACGAGGACAAGAACGAGGAAACCUUCUGUGUGAAGGUCCUUUACCAGUGA